UUUACGGUAACGAAAGGCUUCCGUCUCUUUUCGCCUCUGCAUUACAUGAAUUUUUCGUUUGUGCUUUGUCCUCGUUAAAAUUGAUUCUACGGUGUUCGAAUUAGUUGGGGAAUUAACAACGUUCGUUCUUUCGGUAGAGUUAACUUUGAAAACGGGGAGGAAGCGAUAAAUCUAACAAUUAUAUCAGGGUGACGCCGUCCGCCUAAAGCCUCGGAGUCUUAAAAUCUCCAAAGGCCCACAGGCAUACGCGCAACCAAGGUUGAAAGUCCGUUCGUUAUAGUUUCUAGUGCAGUACAAAACUGUUCACGGUUUAUCGGUAUUUCUUAGUUUGUGUUGUGUUCGAGUUGAAAGUUUAAAACGUAAAACGAAACAGUUCCGGGCGAGAAACGCCUGAAAAUAUAACAGUAUGCAUUGUAUAUGUGAAAAAAGUUCAGUUUAAGUAUAAAGUAUAAAAAAGUUGCUAGUAAAAAAAAAAGUUACCAACGUGAUAUAAAAAGUAUGUUCGACACGGUUUGGAUCGCGCGCGUUGUGCCUUCAAGAGCGAGUACUGCACAGGCUCUUAUUGACACAGGUUAGAAUAAUCCGUCAUGUCAGACUCUGGUUCAGAAAGUUCCUCUUCUGAGGGUUACGACAGAAGGAGAAACCCAGUUACGUCGACUAACAAUGUGGGAUCGCCAAACUCCUCGCACCAUUCGUCCCUGUCGGGGCGUAAAUCUAGGGCGAGUUCUCUUUCUUCGAGAGGAAAGUCACCCGAAUCUAUUAUAUCCGAGAGAGACUCGAAGUCUCCGAGAUACACACCGAUAUCGCCAAAAUCUCAGAGGUCUGGAUUAGCGUCCCCCAGCGAAGACGAAGGGUCACCAAGGUCCACUCGUAGUUUAUCCAAGUCACCACCUACGACACCAAAAUCGUAUCGCUCGAGAAAUAAUUCCUUAGAUUCACCUAGAAGCGAUCACAGCUUGUCUCGUUCUCCGAUACAAGACGAGAGAUCGUGUCUAUCUACUCCUAACGAUUCGAAAUCUUUGCACAUGGAAGACACCGAACCCAAGCAAUUCGAACUCGAGGUCGACGCGCAGAGAUCCGGAGACAAUUCUCCCAAAUCGUGUUCCUAUAAAAACAGUGAAUCUAGGCAAAGUUCGCCAAAGUCCCCGAGAUCUGGACGUAGUUCUGUUAAAUCAUUGAUAUCUGGAAGAAGUUCUCCGAAAUCAGGCCCAGCGUCUCCUAUGGAUGAUCAAGAAUCGGAGAAGCAUUCGUCGCCUCAUUCCCCGGCAACGAAAAGCGGUUCGUUCAACGAAUUGGACGGAGAACAGAUUUCAGACGGAGAUAUCGAAGACGAACCAGAAUCGGUGGCCAAGUCGAAACCUGCACCGAUCACGCACGGUGAAGAUUUAUCGGAUGUUUCCGAUCUAGAGAGUAUGGACGGUGUCGACGGCGGUACAGAACACGAAUCGGAACUUAAAAAAGGUCAACAAAACGAGGAAAGACACGCGACGAAUAACGAUGAUAAAAUAGAAAAGGAAGAUAAAAAUACGCCUGUUGGAUUAACCGAAGAAAACGAACAAUUGGAUUUCGAAGCUGACGGCCAAUGGAAAGACGAGCGUGACGAAGGAGAAACCGAAGGACCGAUCACUAAAGAGAACAAAGAUGACAAAGACGGAAAGGAUAAAGACAAAGUUAAAUCGAAAGACGGAGGCGAAGCGAAUGACAAAGAAGAAGGGGAAGAGGACGGGGAGAAAGUAGAAUCCGAAUUAGAAGAAGGCGAGCUGAGCGAUGGCGACGAUGCUCGGCCGGAAGAAACGGAGCCAAGACCAGUUUGCCGUUUUUAUAAUCGAGGCCAAUGCACGUGGGGAGUUAGUUGUAGAUUUUUGCAUCCAGGUGUAACCGACAAGGGUAAUUAUACGAUGUUCGAUAUGGUAAGGCCAAUGGCAUAUCCGCCGCACGCAGCUGCGCCGCACGAAUUCAGACCGCAUAUCGAUAGGCCAAAUAUGGUGCGACCAUUACCUGGUUACGGGGCACCGUCGCAUACGCCGAAAGUAGAAGAACUUCCUACCGAGUCCGCGUGGGAACGUGGAUUGCGACACGCUAAAGAAAUGAUGCGCAAAGCGAAUAAACGCAAAGAAUCAGAUAUGGACUUCGAAGAGAAAAAGAUGAAUUUAAGUUUAGGCCAGGACGAAUUAGACAGAGAGGCAGGAUAUUACGUUAGAGCAGCCAGUCCGGAACCACCAGCUGAAAGGUGGCCACCUAGAGAGGCACCUCGAAGAAUGCCUCCGCCAAGAAUUACACCGGAGAGAUACAUAGAAGAACCAGAUCCUUACUAUGCACAGCCAACGGCACCGCCGGAAUAUUAUAGGAGAGUGCAUUACAAAGCAGACACUCGAGUCACCACUGAAUAUCGAGAACGUAUCGAUUAUCACCCUGUACCUCGCGGUACACCCCAUUCCGUUUCUCCGCCACCUCACACAAGAGAACGCGAAAGAGAAAGGGAACGCGAACGCGACAGAGAGCGUGAAUAUUACGAAAAGUACGAGAAGAAACAUAAACGUCCAUCGAGAGAAGUUAUAGUGGAACGUAUACCGCCGACGAAACCAUGGCGAGAAGAGGAACCACCGCAGGUGGAGAGGAGCAGAGGCGACGAAUGGGCGGAUCCUUGGAUGCGGAGGAAAUCGCCCAGUGCCGUACGUCGGAACACGUCUCGACGUUCGCGAAGGCAAUCGUAUUCUUCGGGAUCGUCGUACUCGUCUACGAGUUCUAGCCGUAGCUCGAGCCGCUCUAGCUACAGUUCUUACGACUCCCUAUCCAGGUCCCGUUCACCAUCCCCUCCCUCUAGAACCCGCGGUGCCGGCAAGGGGAAAGCAGCCGCGACAUCGCCACCCUCGAAUCCUCCGACGGUGACAGCUGCCGCGCCUCAACGUGGCGCCAUGUUGAUGAACCCACCCGCUCCUUCUCCCCGUCCACCCAAAGGUUCCAUUUCUCCCACGACUGGUACUCUUCAUCGACGGGCUGGUCUCAACCCACCCGCGCCGAGUCCGCUUUCCUCUCAUCAACGUCAUCACGAGAAAGCACGAGACAAAGCAGCCAUAGCAGCUGCUGCGGUGGCAAAAGUUAUUAAAAGUCGAUCGAGAUCAAGAUCGUCGCAUAGUAGCUCAGGAUCGGAGAGCAGCGGUAGCAGCAGCGACUCCAGCGAAUCGAGUUAUUCGUCUUCUUCUAGCGAGACUCGUCGAAGAAAGGGUUCGACUCCGCCGAUAACGCGAAAGGAUUCCAAGGGUAUCGACGCCUUGAAGCUUAGCGGCACCAAGCAGCAAAUCAAGCUCACAUUGAAGCCGACGAGUAAUACCGCCGGCGUGAAAAAGAUCGAUCGGUCCGCUUUGAUGGCUGGAAAAAAGAGAGGAUUAGAAUCGCCACCUUUGAUCGAUAGCAAAGCGAGCGUUGCCGCGGCCGCAGCCAAAGCGGCUAAGAAAGCGAGCUCGCGACGAGAAGAACUGUUGAAGCAACUCAAAGCGGUAGAAGACGCGAUCGCUCGAAAGAGAUCGAAAGUUUAAUAACGCGGCUUUAAUCACUUUGGAGGUAAAUAUGUAUGUACGCGCAUAAAUAUUUCCUAGAUAUAUCGUGUAAUUAGCUGUUACGAAAUAACGUGUGAUACGAAAAAAAAAGAAUGUCAUAUUAGAACGAGAGUUUCUAAUUUCACGAAUAUGUUUUCAAUCGCGAUAUCGAUAUUUUAUUCUUUUAUUUUCUUUCUCGUCGAUAUGUAAACGCAUAGAGUGUCGCGCAAACGUCAUACUGUACAGUAUCUUCCUCAUUCGGAAGUAAAAAAGUGCGCGUGUCACGUAUAUUCGCACGCGCGCACCAUCUAUACACGUAUAAAUGUAAAUGUGAACAUCUCUAGUAACGCAAGUUUUUUUUUUUAAGGAUCAAAGGAUUAUAGCAAUCCGUAAAGAUAGAGUAAAAGUACAGAUACGAAACGACGUCAUAAAAAUGCCAAACGCGCGUGAAUAAAAGCUAAACGUAUAACAGAAGUGUAUUCACUUAUGUAUGUACUGCGAAGAUUUUGUUGAAAUACACAAAAUGUCUAUGUCGUAACAGAUCUAACGUAUGUCUAGCAGAUUCGAAAGAGUGUUGUGGUAUUGAACGACAAUAAAAUGUCGCGCCUGUACAAAUAUUCUAGAAUUUCUUUGGUGCGUCCCAAGAAACGGUCCGUCGCCGAACUGUCACAAGCAUAAAAAGUUAGUCACUGUCGAACCGUUUACAAUUCAUCUUCAAUUUCAAAGAGUCUUAUGCAGUCUGUAGUAUCGAAUAAAACCAGUUCACAUAACCAUUCGAGCAAGAUUUAAUUUCAUUAAACUGUGGCAAAAAAUAUGUUAAUGGAUAUAAUAUAUUAAUCAGAAGGGUCGAUAGACCUUAUGAAUGGUCAACAACCCGACGUUCGAAAUUUGUGAUCACGGAAACGAAUCUGGAUCCUAUUUAAAUCGACGGACCGUUUCUUGGGGCGCACCACUGACCGCUCUUAUUUGUUUUUGUUUCGUUAACGAAUUCAGUUUACGUUCUUUGCAUUAUUAGCUUAAAAGGUGAUUAUCCAUGCAAAGCGAACAACAUUUACGAUUAGAUAUUAAUUUGCGUGGACGUUAAUGUAAAUAAAUCGUUAAUGAUCGAGCCACGGAACAGCCUGAGAGAACAGUUUGAAUUCAGUGUAACGAGAAAAUAUACGCGUAUUAACCCUU